AUGCAGGUAAAGGACCAGAGACAGGCGCUGGGCCCUGCAGGUCGCUUCCCAGCCGUGAUGAUCAGCGGCCAGCAGGUGUCAGUGCGCCCUCGCUCUGUCGCGGCUCACAGCCCACGCCUCCAGGACCCUUCCUCACCACGGUCCAAGGGGGCGCGGUGCAGACCCCAGGUCGCAGGUGUCCCGCAGACAGCCGAUCCCAUCCAUCUCGGCCACCAGGAGCACCUGCGCUUGGCCCGGGAAGGGGCUGCUUUGCCUACAACCCUUAGUGAGGCUGCUUCUUCUGAUUCGCGUCUGCGCUCCCAGAGAGGGGAGGCGCAAGGGGCGGAGGAGGGUCGACUUCCCACGUGGGGGCUGACGCGGGCUGCUCGGCAACGCCGGCUUAAUCCCGGGACUAUAAAACGAGUCCUCCGUAGCGUCGCGGAGCAGCAGCGGCUCCCGCUUCUGUGCAGACGCCCAGCACCCGGCGCACGUCGCCGGGCUACCCAGCGCCUUUCCCCCACGUCCUGUGCUCUUGCUAAGACUCACGCUGUCCUCGGACCCCGGCUUGUCCAGCUGCUCUGGGCGCACGCCAAGCCCAGGGUUAGCAGCCGUCCCUGCCUCGGCUGUGGCUCCAGGAGAGCGGAUCGCUCACCUGGUUCGGCCCUGAGGAUUGGGGGGCGCCUUCAUGCGGCCCCCACACCUUUCACUCCGCCAUCACCGCCCGGGAGCUCUGUUUGCUGCGCCCCAGCCCCACCAGGGCGCGCAACUUUGGAAGUCCCGCGGUGCUCCAGGAGGAGGCAGAGUGCCCGGGUCCAGCCCAGCCCUCCUGGGGGCAAGCGAGAGAAUCGGAAAACGCUUCGAGGACCUAAGGAGACAGAACUAGGACCCCGGAGCACGCGUCAACAGCCCUCGGCUACCUCUUGGGUGGAUAUUCUUGUUUGCAGCAAGAACACAUGCAAGGUGACGCCUGCCAUUGGUGGAGGAGUGCCAAGAUGGAAGUGCAGUCGCGCGUGGACUGACUUCUACUUCUGA